GUAAACCAAGUGGGACUUGUACAUAGAAGUACAAGAGACACCAGAGAGUUACAAACACAAGAAAAUCAUGAAGAAAUUCCUGUGGUACUUUGAGCUCCGGACGGGUAACAUCUUCAUCGGAAUGGUGUCGGUGAUUCAAAGUAUUUUCAUAAUCCUGGCGGGGUCUGCAUCGUACGCCGAGUCUUCAUUCUCGGAGUUUCACUUGACGUGGAUUUGCAUGGCAUCGCUGUUGCUCAUCGUAUCGUUGCUCUUUGUCAAGGGAGUUGGUGAUAAAAUAUCCAGACUGAUGCUGCCGUGGAUUCUAGGCAUGGUGCCAUUUAUUCUAUGGCUUUUCGGAGCGGCCGUCUGGGCAGCCGUGAAUACCAAGAUGAUGGAUCCAGUCAGCUCAACGCUGUUGUUUGCGUUUGCACUUGUGCAGGCAUACUUCUUAUCCUGCGGAGUCUUCUACCACAGAGUACUGGUUAGAGAGCACUGAGAAGUAGUCCUGGAAAGAAGAAACGAAGGCGACAGAUCCAUGCUCAGAAAAGAUGCGAUGCAGCGGAGACGGAAUUUGUACUCAAGUUCAAACGUAUAUGUUUGCUGCUUGCAAUCUGUGCAGAGAUCAGCCAUGAACACCGUUUUUCAAACUUUAUUUAUUAAGGCAUCAGCCAUCAAUUCUACAUUCAACGGGAAAAUUGACCGUCGGCGGCGAACGUCCAUGUGGCGUCGGGAAACGAGCGAUGCAAAAGAUCAUCACGUGAGGACGUCGCUAUGUGACGUCACAGACGGCUAAACUUGUCACGAUGUCGUGACGUCACAAAUUCGGCCGUGAUGUCACGUGAAUUGAUGUCAUUAGAUAUUGUUGUAGUGCCCCGCUUUGGGCGGCGACCAAAACCCUAGGGUGCGCGACCUCAAGGAAACAAAACGACCUUUGGCAAUGGCACGUGAGGCCCCGGCUUAUGUUCUCUGCUCCGUUAUACAUAGACCGAGAGGAAAAAGGAAGAUUGCUUUUUAGAUAAAUGUACAAGUGACACUGUGAGUUUUUAUGCAGACAUCUUCCAUUGUAUUAUGCAUUUGUAUUAACAUAA